UGAUGGAAAACUUAGCAGUGGAAUUAUGAGAGGUGGAUUAAUUUGGCCUGGACAUUUUCAUGAGUGCCAUGAUGUUUAUGCACCAAUGGAUAAGGAUGGACAUGGAAAUUUUUAUGGAAAAUAUUGUGCAACAACUUGGAAUUUAAAUAUAGGAGGAAAAUAUAAAGAAUUACCUUUAUCUGUUGGGCUUUGUGUUCCUGAAUCCUGCUCGGAGAAAGGAAUCCAAACUGCACUCAUCAAUAUCACUCAUAUAUUAGAGCGUUUUCCUGUAUUGAAGGAACACAAGGAUCUCCUAAAUCUAACUGAUGUUUCUUGCAAGCUCAGAACGAAAACUUUAGAUACUCGUAGUAUAAUAUUUAUAACCUUUGUGUCAGGAUUUAUUCUAUUAGUUGUUGUUGGAAGUGGAGUAACCAUUGUAGACCACUGGAAGAAAAAAUUGAGACAUCCUAGUCAAAGCCGUCAGAUAAAUAUUUCAACUGCUGAUGAAGCAUCUGAUAUCAAUCGAAGAAAUUCACUUUCUCCCAGUAUCAAUAAAAAUACUGAAGUAAAAUAUUCGGCAGAAACCGUUUUUAAGAAUGAAGUUACUCUUGAUAAAUCACCUUUAACCGAAAAUAUGGAAGCAGAGCAGGAAAUUUUUAAGUCAAUUCCCAAAAAACAAGAUUCUGUUUGGAAACGAGUUUUGCUUUGCUUUUCUGCUUUAACUAAUGGACAGAAAAUUCUGAAUACUGAUGUUACUGAGGGUCAAUUAUUAACUGUACAUGGUGUUAGAUUUUUGAGUCUGACUUGGGUGAUUUUGGGACACACAUACAUUAUGUCGAUUCAUAUUAUUGGUAAUAGAAUAGACGUUCUAAAACAAAUGGAUUCUUUCCCUUUCCAAAUGCUUCUUCAAUCUCCAUUUUCUGUAGAUUCAUUUUUUCUCUUAAGUGGUUUUCUUUUGUCAUACCUUUUUCUGAAAGAAGUUGCCAAGAAAAAUGGAAAGAUUAAUUGGAUAUAUUUUUAUUGUCAUAGGUUGUGGCGACUAACGCCUGCCUACAUGGUUGUUGUAUUUUUCUACAUGUUCGUUUUCAAAUAUUUGGGAUCUGGCCCAUUUUGGGAUGAUCGUUACUGUGAGGCACAGAGUGGAACAUGGUGGAAAUAUUUGUUAUACAUCAAUAACUUCAUACCAAUACAUCAAAUGUGUGUUGGUUGGUCCUGGUAUUUAGCUAAUGAUAUGCAGUUUUACGUUAUCAGUCCCUUGCUGUUAUAUCCACUAUGGAGGUGGCCCAUAAUAGGGUUUAGUUUACUUGGUGCUGUACUUAUUUUGACAUGGACAAUAACAGGAGUUUUGAGCUUCACAUAUGAUCUGAUUCCGAUGUUUGUUGGUGUAACUGAAGCCGAAGAUUUUACAGCAUAUCAAGACAAAAUGUGGUACUCAUUUGACCUAAUAUAUGAUAAACCCUAUUGUCGUAUAGCUCCUUACAUUAUUGGAAUUGCACUUGGUUAUAUGCUUUAUCGAUCAAACCAACGUAAAAAUUUUCUAAUUUGGUGGCAGCAACUCAUUGGCUGGUCUGUUGCUGCAUUUUGUGCAUUAAGUGUUGUUUUCGGUCUGUAUCAUGUGGAAAUGAAUAAAACUACUUCUUUGUUCUACAACACCUUUUGUCGAUCAUCAUUUUCUAUUGGUUUAGCUUGGCUUAUUUUUGCCUGUGAAACUGGGCAUGGAGGUUAG